AUCCGUGUAUCUGAGAGUUCAGUCUGUCUCUUUGGCCAAGACUCCCUAUUAGGGUGUAGGACAGUUUUUUUUAAAGGAUUAAGCAAUAAAAAUAAAAUUUCCGUCAUGGCAACGACUGUAAUGAGAUCCUUGUUGAAGAAGAGGAUCCCUCUUCAGCUUGGGCGCACGUGUUACUCCACAUCAGUGCCCACUACCAAGCUGUUCAUAGACGGGAAGUUUGUUGAAUCCAAGUCUUCAGAAUGGCUGGAUAUUCACAAUCCUGCUACAAACGAGGUGAUAGCUCGUGUCCCGAAGGCCACACAGCAGGAGAUGCUGGCGGCGGUGGACUCCUGCACCCGGGCCUACCACUCCUGGUCUGAGGUGUCCAUCCUAACCCGACAGCAGAUCUUCCUGCGCUAUCAGCAGCUUAUCAAGGAUAACAUUAAAGAACUUGCCAAGCUGAUUACUCUGGAACAGGGCAAGACCCUAGCCGACGCUGAAGGGGAUGUGUUCAGAGGGUUACAGGUGGCUGAGCAUGCCUGCAGCAUCACCUCCCUGGUGCUGGGAGAGACCCUGCCCUCCAUCACCAAAGACAUGGACACUUACACCUACCGCCUGCCCAUCGGGGUGUGUGCUGGCAUCGCCCCCUUCAACUUCCCAGCCAUGAUCCCUCUGUGGAUGUUCCCCAUGGGCAUGGUCUGUGGUAACACCUACCUGCUGAAGCCCUCCGAGCGCGUCCCAGGAUGCACCAUGCUGCUGGUCAAGCUGCUGCAGGACGCCGGCAUCCCCGACGGCUCCCUCAACAUCAUCCAUGGCCAGCACGACGCUGUCAACUUCAUCUGUGAUCAUCCGGCAAUUAAAGCCAUCAGCUUUGUGGGUUCCAACCAGGCAGGAGAGUACAUCUACGAGAGGGGCUCCAAAAAUGGGAAGAGAGUGCAGUCUAACAUGGGAGCCAAGAACCACGGUGUGGUGAUGCCUGACGCCAACAAGGAGAACACUCUGAACCAGCUGGUGGGUGCGGCGUUCGGGGCAGCAGGGCAGCGCUGCAUGGCCCUUUCCACCGCCGUCCUGGUGGGCGAGGCCCGGAGCUGGCUGCCUGAGCUGGUGGAGCGAGCCAAGGCCCUUCGCGUCAACGCAGGGGACCAGCCCGGUGCAGACUUAGGGCCCCUGAUCUCGCCCCAGGCCAAGGAGAGAGUCUGCAGCCUGAUCCAGAGUGGCGUGGACGAGGGGGCCACACUGCUCCUGGACGGCAGGAACGUCAAGGUCAAAGGUUACGAGAACGGAAACUUUGUUGGACCCACCAUCAUCGGCCAGGUCACGCCCCAGAUGAAGUGUUACAGUCAGGAGAUCUUUGGGCCUGUGCUGGUCGUUCUGGAGGCAGACAGUUUGGACGACGCCAUCAGCUUAGUCAACAACAACCCUUAUGGCAACGGCACGGCUAUCUUCACCACAAACGGAGCUACCGCCCGUAAAUACACGCACGAGGUGGACGUGGGCCAGAUUGGAGUUAAUGUUCCCAUCCCCGUGCCUCUACCCAUGUUCUCCUUCACCGGCUCAAGGGGUUCCUUCAGAGGAGACAUUAACUUUUACGGCAAACAAGGUAUCCAGUUCUACACUCAGAUCAAAACUGUUACUUCACAGUGGAAGGCUGAAGACGCCACUGUAAAAAAAGCUGCAGUUACCAUGCCAACAAUGGGACGCUAGAUGUCCUCGAGUUUAUUGUUGUUGAAACGUGGUCACUUCCUGUGGAGCAGGCCUGAGGCAUGGCAGCCCAACACAAGCCUUAAUGUUUAGGAAAUGUACCUAAAAAGAUGUGAUUUAUUUUUUCAAAUAUAAUUGAGAUUCCAUUUCGGAACACACAAUGUAAAAUUUGUUUUGCACUUGUAAAUGGCUAGUUUUUUUUCUUCCAGAUUUGUACUAAUUAUGUGUGUAUAUAUAUAUAUAUAUAUAUUAGGUACCCUUCCUCCCUCCAAUUUAAAUCAUCUCAUUGAAUGCCUGUGCUUGUAAAAACAGUUUAGUACAGUAGUUAUUACUGUGCAGCUGCAACAUACUGGCCCAUAUUGCAAUGCAUAAUCAUGAGGACCAAAGACAUGCUCUGAUCUCAGCUGAAUGUUGGUAUACUAUUAUGAAUGUUUUCAGCAUUUCAUGUUUCGUUCAUAUCAAUAAUUACUCAACCACACCAAA